CGAGGAAACACAUAGAAAUGCUGCAAAUGACUGGGGCCCCGCAUGCAUUUGCCGCCCGAGCGCUCGAAGCCCCGGUUUUCUGCGCGGACUUUUCGGACCGAAGCCCGGGCUGGCACUUUCGGGGGCGGAGGCUGGGAGCAUGAAACCCGCGGGCUGGGGGCUGUGCUGGGCCGCCGCCCUGCUUCUCGCAGCUACGGGGACGGCAGCGGAAGACAAAUGUGGGAGAAACGAGUUCCAGUGCCAGGAUGGGAAGUGCAUCUCCUACAAGUGGGUUUGUGACGGGAGCGCCGAAUGCCUCGAUGCCUCAGAUGAGUCCCAGGAGACCUGCAUGUCUGUCACCUGCAAGUCGGGGGACUUCAGCUGUGGGGGUCGUGUGAACCGCUGUAUCUCUCAGUUCUGGAGAUGUGAUGGCCAGGUGGACUGCGAGAAUGGCUCAGAUGAGCAAGGCUGUUUGCCCAGGACGUGUGCCCAGAAUGAGUUCCGCUGCCAGGAUGGGAAGUGCAUCGCCCUGGAAUUCGUCUGCGAUUCGGACCGGGACUGUUUGGACGCGUCGGACGAGGCGUCCUGCCCCGUGUCCACCUGCGGCCUUGCCACCUUCCAGUGCAACAGCUCGGCCUGCAUCCCCGAGCUGUGGGCUUGUGACGGUGACCCCGACUGCAAGGAUGGCUCAGAUGAGUGGCCGCAGCACUGUCGGGGCCACAACACGUCCGCCCCCCAACAGGACAGCAGCCCUUGCUCACCCCUUGAGUUUCACUGCCAGAGCGGAGAAUGCAUCCACUCCAGCUGGCGCUGCGAUGGUGGCCCCGACUGCAAGGACAAGUCAGACGAGGAGAACUGCACGGUGGCCACGUGCCGGCCUGAUGAGUUCCAGUGCUUGGACGGAACCUGCAUCCACGGCAGCCGGCAGUGCGACAGAGAGUAUGACUGUAAGGACAUGAGUGACGAGCUCGGCUGCAUCAACGUAACGCUGUGUGAGGGGCCCAACAAGUUCAAGUGCCACAGUGGCGAAUGCAUCACGCUGGACAAAGUGUGCAACUCGGUCAGGGACUGUCGGGACUGGUCGGACGAGCCCCUCAAGGAGUGCGGGACCAAUGAGUGUCUGGACAACAAGGGUGGCUGCUCCCACAUCUGCAACGACCUCAAGAUGGGCUACGAGUGCUUGUGCCCCGAGGGCUUCCGGCUGGUGGACCAGCGAAGAUGUGAAGAUAUCGACGAGUGUCAGGAUCCCGACGUGUGCAGCCAGCUGUGCGUGAACCUCGAGGGCAGCUACAAGUGUGACUGUGAGGAGGGCUUCCAGCUGGACCCCCACACCAAGGCCUGCAAGGCUGUUGGCAACAUCGCCUACCUCUUUUUCACCAACCGCCACGAGGUGAGGAAGAUGACCCUGGACCGCAGUGAAUACACCAGCCUCAUCCCGAACUUGAAGAAUGUCGUUGCCCUAGACACAGAAGUGGCCAGCAACAGAAUCUACUGGUCUGACCUGUCCCAAAGGAAGAUCUACAGUACCCAAAUCGACAGAGCCCCCAGCUUCUCCUCCUAUGACACCGUCAUCAGUGAGGACCUACAGGCCCCUGAUGGGCUGGCAGUGGACUGGGUCCACAGCAACAUAUACUGGACAGACUCCAUCCUGGGCACCGUCUCCGUGGCUGACACCAAGGGUGUGAAGAGAAAGACACUCUUCAAGGAGAAAGGCUCCAAGCCUCGUGCCAUCGUGGUGGAUCCUGUUCACGGCUUCAUGUACUGGACGGAUUGGGGAACCCCCGCUGAGAUCAAGAAGGGCGGGCUGAAUGGUGUCGAUGUUUACUCGCUCGUGACGGAAGACAUCCAGUGGCCCAAUGGCAUCACCCUGGAUCUUUCUGUUGGCCGCCUCUACUGGGUCGACUCCAAGCUCCAUUCCAUCUCCAGCAUUGAUGUCAAUGGCGGGAACCGGAAGACCGUUUUGGAGGACAAGAAAAAGUUGGCACACCCCUUCUCCUUGGCCGUCUUCGAGGAUAAAAUAUUUUGGACGGACAUCAUCAACGAAGCCAUUUUCAGUGCCAACCGCCUCACAGGUUCAGACAUUAAUUUGGUGGCAGAAAACCUGUUGUCCCCGGAAGACAUUGUCCUUUUUCACAACCUCACACAACCAAGAGGGGUGAACUGGUGUGAGAGGACUGCCCUCCACAAUGGUGGCUGCCAAUACCUGUGUCUCCCGGCCCCGCAGAUCAAUCCCCACUCGCCCAAGUUCACCUGUGCCUGCCCUGAUGGCAUGCUGCUGGCCGAGGACAUGAGGAGCUGCCUCAUAGGGACUGACCCUCCAGCGACCACCCUGGGCACCUCCACGGUCCCGGUCAGGCCGACGACGGUCCGCCCCACAGCCGUGGAGCCAAAGCACACAGCCAGCCCGUGGUCCGUGGCCAGCCCUGAGUUCACCACGGCUGAGACGGUGACGAUGUCCCACCACGCCCUGGGUGAUGCUGCCAGCAGAGGAGACGAGGAGAGGCCCAGGAGCGGGGGGGCUCUGUACAUCAUCCUUCCCAUCGUACUGCUCAUCUUCCUGUGCUUCGGGACCUUCCUCCUCUGGAAGAACUGGCGGCUGAAGAGCAUCAACAGCAUCAACUUCGACAAUCCCGUGUACCAGAAGACCACGGAGGACGAGGUCCACAUCUGCUGCAGCCAGGACGGCUACACCUACCCGUCGAGACAGAUGGUCAGCCUGGAGGAUGAUGUGGCGUGAGUUGCUGCCUCUGGUCCUGUCCUUCCCCGGAACCUGCUGCCGCUCACGGGCAGGAAGAACACUUUCUCCCCGGCCCCUUGACCUGCCCCAAACCCUUCCUGAGACCCUGAUGCCCUCCCGUUUCAUGCAAAGAGAGAGGUGAACCCAAAGCACAGUUGGCGGCCGCAGCCUCCGCGCCGGCAGCCGCGUGGCCUGUCCUGCCAGAGCUUUGUUCUAUAUAUUUAUUCGUCUGGGAGGCAGAACGGGCUUCGAACGGCACAUGCGCAACGGGUUUAGGUUGGGAUUUUUUUUUUUUCUCUUUCUUUCUCUAUGAAUAGUGGAGAAGAGAAGUCCGAAUGAGCUGGAGGGGGGCGCAUUUCUGCCCUCUCCAGGGACUGCUCACUUCUUCCACCUGAGGGACUGCCAGAGGGACCCAGAGGGAGAGCAGGCAAGGGGGCUUGGGACUCGAGAGAACAGGUCCUACCCGCAAGGUCUGGGGUAGCUGCUCUACCCACCCCCACUCUAGCCCGAGCCCCCCACCUCAGGAGUAAACGUGCUCACCUCUGCCUUGCUGGACAGCCAGAGUUCGCUUUUGCUUUGCUACCCCUCUUUCCAAGCGAGGUCUGUGCCCUCCCUCAACGCCAAGACUCUGGCAUCUGUCUUGACCUGGCCGAAUCCAGCAUCCCGGGGGCGUGGCCAAGUCACGCCCCCAGUCAUGCACCAAAACCUCCAUGGUUCCCACGGAAACCUGUGCCACCGGUUGCCCUUAAUAUUUAUUAAGUGCCUGAGAUACCCAGUUAGCUGAUGCGUGAAGACAGCGGCCUCCAGCCUCUAGGAGCAUCGUGUGGUCGGGUGUGGUGGUCGGGACCGCUGCCCCCGCCCCGGCCCCCUCCAGGUCCCCGUGCACUUUUUUUUUUUUUUUUUUAGUUCAGGGCUGUAUCUUGUGUAACGUUGACAUUGUUACUAUUUUGCACUGGUUUCUGUUCCGGUUGGGAUGGGCUCCCGGGUGGGCGAGAGCCUGUGUAGAUGAAUGUGAGAUCCCGGGGCCUCUCCCCCCACCAAGCGCCUCAAAGCUGCCAUCAUAAGACUAUCCAGCUAGUGUUUCGGCUUCUGUGCAGAUGCCCCCAAGCCAUUAAUUUCCCCAACAAGAUGGUUGUGGUUGACGGGUAUCCACCAAAAAUGUGCAUGGCGUUUUAGCCCUGAAAGACGGCCCCCGGGCUGGGUCACUUCAUGGGACUUCUUAAAACGUCUUUCCUAUAUGAUCAUCCGUGUCCCAUUUACGACCAAAGAGAGAAGAGGCAGGCUUCUGUAGCUUCCUGCCUGAUGUCUCCCAGGGCCUGCCCAUUGCUCACCGCAUGACCACCAAACACUGUGCCCUACCCUGCAGGAAACUGUGAAAGCCUUUUCUCCUUCCGAAGCAUGUAAAUAAUCCCCUGUACAGAUCAUGGGGGGAGGGGGGGGCUUUUUUGUUAUGUUUGCACUUUGUAUAUUUGUUAAACAUGUAUCACUUAUAUAUAUAUGAAACAAAGAUCUAUUUAUUUUUGCAAACCCUGGUUGCUGCAUCACUGACCCCUCCGGGGGCUCUGCAUUGGGGGACGUCGUCUCUGAGACGCCUCUUCUUUUUGUACAAAGAUUAGCGCAAAGCUCUUCAGGAGAAUCGUGUCUGUGUUGUAUAUAUGGCGGGUUGCUUUGGGAGGAUGGGUUAUCGCUUUUUAAACCACUGUACAGAAUGUUUUUAUAGCCUGAAUGUCUGUGAUCGAUUAAAUUUCUUAAAUGAA